CGCGUAAACUACAUUUUUCAAGCAUUUAAAGCCAAAUAAAAUGCUAUCCGUUGGUUCCCAAUCUCUGCUAUCGUCGGUCUUGUUGUAAUUUAUUAAUAGUUUAUGGUGAAUUAUCUGAUACCUGCAUCACCUGAGCACUGGACACACAGCGCGCGUCACGCGUUAGGGCGGAGCUUACGAGACCUCCCAUUCAGUUACACACUCGAGAGAAAUACAUACGCACGGUACCGGACACAAAGCCAAAUAUCAGACCGGAUAGAGUGAACAAAAGGCCAUUUUUCGUCCCAGUUUGGACCUGGACGUAAUCAAACAGUGCCGAGAAUGUCUUUAGGUGACCAGCAGUGGUAUCCCACCAGUGUACAGGUAACGGUACUUCAAGCGCGAAACCUGCGGAUUAAGGGCAAAAAUGGCACAAACGACGCGUAUGCCAUUAUGCAGGUGGGUAAGGACAAGUUUUCCACCUCUGUGGCGGAGAAAUGCGUCGCGCCCGCUUGGAAAGAGGAAGCGACGUUUGAUCUGCCGCUGGUCCAGCAGGGGCACGAGGACCGAUGCAUGCUGUACAUCAUCGCCAUGCACCGAGCCCUAGUGGGGCUGGACAAGUUUUUGGGACAGGCUGUCAUCAACUUAGUGGACCUCCACGCCAACAAAUUGCGCAAAAAGACAGACUGGUACAAGCUGGUUGAUAGAAAUGGUAAACAAGAUAAGGACCGAGGUGAAGUUUUCUUGGAUAUCCAGUACAUGCGGAAUAACCUGACAGCAAGCAUGUUUGACCUCUCCAUGGCAGAUAAGCCUCGGUCCGGCAUCUCCAAGCUCAAAGAUAAGAUCCGUGGGAAAAAGAAAGAUAGUUUCUCGGAUUCAGCUUCUGAGAUCGUGUCCGUUGCGGGAACAGACAGUGAGGGGGAAGGCGAGGACGGUACGGAUUCUCCUAAGAAGAAAUCAAAAAUAAAAUCUUUGUUUGGACCAAAAACAAACCUCCACAAGAAUGUGUCCAAGUCCAUGUUGACCUUGGGCACCCUGCCCGAGAAGAACAGUCCGCUAAGCAUUAGCAGAUCGUCAGGCCUUAAUGUGGAGUCCCCUGAUGUGAAAAAGAAGUUCAAAUUUCUGGGCCACAAACGCAAUGGCAGCACAGACAGCAAAGUAUCUCGUGGCCCUUUUUCUCUUCUGAGCCGCUCUAAACAGAACGUGUCGGAGCAGAAUAACCUCUGUAUAAACGGCAGCCACGUUUAUGCGGAAGAUCAAGACCCAAAACCUGGUUUUGGCUCUACGCUCAGUCUAAACAGCUCUGGAAAUGGGUCAGUAGAGGACGUUCGAAAACACCAUCAACGAAAUAUUUCAGACGUCUCCGCUGAUUCGUUAAAAGCUCUGAGCAUCCCCUCAUACAAGCCUGACGUCAAUGACAAAGAUCCACUUGUCCAACAGCGCCCUCUAGAGGACAGGAGCCUCGGCUCACACGAGAAUGAGGAGAAAGCUAAGAAACAAGAAGCAAGAAGCCUGCAAGAGAUGCUGGACCGACAGGAAGAGCAAGAGAAGAGGAGACGGCAAGAACAGGAGGAAGAGAGGAAACGCAGACUAGAAGAGCAGGACAAGAAACGGAAGGAAGAGGAAGAGCUGCAGAGGAAGCGGCGCGACGAGGAGAUGCAGCGAGUUGAGGAGCAGCGGCACCAGGAAGAGAACAGAGUUACUGAAAGGCUCUCCUCUCUCUUUGGCAUUGGAAAGAAGAAGGAGGAGAAGAAAGAGGAAGCAAGCCCUCCAGAACCCAAACGUCUGGAAGCGCCGUCCUCCUUAAACCGGUUUGAAGAUAUUUCCCUAACCCAAGAUAAUCCAGCCUCUUUAGCAGAAGAGAGAUCCGUGGACCCCCGGAUGGGUGGCCGGACCGUCCUCUCUCCAGCGCCACCCACUACUGCCAUCUCCAAUCGCACGGCCGCAGUCAAGCCAAGUGCUCCUUCCUCUGGUAUGUUUUCUGACCUUCAUUCUUCUCUGGCACCACCUAAACCUCCAAGAACGUUCAGUGAAUCCCCUAGAAGCAGCAUGGAAGAAGUUGACUCUUUCAAAAAGCGGCGGGCCCCCCAACCCCCUGGUUAUUCCAUGGGCUCAUCCAUGACUGAAAACUACAAUAUGGAUAACGGGGCACAAGUGCAUAACUCCAGUCAGAGGCCUUCUUUUCCACUUCCAGACUAUGAAAUGCUCUACCCCAAGAAAAGACAUGGGGUGAUGGCUCAAAUGCGUUGGGAUCACGUUAUUGCAGAGGUCAGCCAGAGAAACUGGGAUCUCUCAGAAGAGAUGAACGUAGAUGGACCUGAGCAGCAGUCUGUGUCAUAUAAAUCUGUGGCCUUAAAGGACAGAAACUCUGUGAGUCUCAACCAGCACCAAAAGAACCAUGAGGCAUCUCAUCCGGCCGACUUGAUGCACAAGGAACCACUCAUCCCGCCCAAACCAGCUUCUGCUCCAUCAAAACCACUGGUUGAGGGUAAUGUACAGUAUAGACGACAUUUACCUCAGGAGACAGAAAGGGGAGCUUUCCAAGCAAGAGAGAAGCCAACACCAGCUGCUAGAACCGUCAAUUCAAAGGCUGAUAGGGAUUCAGUCGCUGAAGAUGUUGCUAAAGACAUGCCUUCAGUCAAACCCAGACAACGUUCAGUAAUCAAGGACCCAGUCGGACAAGUCCAACCAGACAAGCAGGUUACAAGUCAACCUGUGGCAUUAGAAAGAAUCCCAGCUGAGAAUGGUGCCAUAUUACGUGCACCCACAAAAAAUGGAGCUGUCCAGAGGGAAAGUUUCCAUUUGGAGGCGUUAGAUGAAGCAGACCACUCCAAGAUACGUUUGGAAAAACUUGCCAAUAAUCCCAAGAAAGACCUAUUUGGGAUUGACCCAUUGCCAAGUGAUAACCUAACAUCUAAAGACCCUUGGGCUUUACCACAGCAGAACAAAACUAAAGAUGAACCCUUAACUAGUGGCCUAGAUAAAAAAAGGAAUCUUGAAGAUCAGACGGUUGUCCAUGCUAAUCAUAAGGAUGCCAUAUUCGCAAGCAAAAAGACAACUGAUCCAUUCACAAAGACUUCUGAGAACAGAACAGCAGCAAAAAUAGAAAACAAGAACCAAUCACCCAGCUUCACUGAGCAAGCCAGAGCCACGUUCCAAAAGAAUUUUUCACUCCGAAAAAAGAAUUCUCGCCAAUACCCAACUACCACAAAAGCCAUAUCGGAGAAAAGUGGCCUGGAUAGAUCGGUUUCUCAGUCAUCACAAGAUGCUGACGAUGUUGAACUGACUGUAACUAGUGUUGGGAUGCCCGACAGAACAGAAUCCACGCUAGAAGCGUCGGACCUAUCUUUGGGUGGCGUGUCUGGGGGAAAGACCACGGUUCGUUCUUGGGUCUCGCCUUCAGAUGCGCAGCCGGUUACGUUGCAGAAUGGUAGUGGAAGUGCAGUUUCAAAUUCAAGGAGGCCUCAUCCGGUAAAACCCAUGAGCACCACAGAGAGCCAGCCCACCAGUGCUCUCAGCGUGGGGAAGGAUAUGAAGACCCUCACCAUCAGGGAAAUGGCUGAGAAGUCAAAGAACACAGAAAGCACGCCGUACACUCAACUCACUCAGGAGGAGCUGAUCACACUGGUGGUGAAGCAGCAGGACGAGCUCUCCAAGAAAGAAGCCAGGAUCCAAGAGAUGGAGGAUUACAUUGAUAACCUUCUGGUCCGCGUCAUGGAGGAGAAACCGACCAUUCUGCUUUCACUUCAAUCCAAAUGUUAGGAUUCUAGCAUCCGACUCCACUGAGACACUUUACCAUGUGCGAUUCGGCUGAUGUAGCCAGAACUAUACUGGAUUUCAGUCAGAACGCGACUCGCAUCUCUUCUGCUUUAUAUUUUAGUAUUCGUUGCAUGCAGGCAUAUGCACAUCCUAACCCGAGCACCAGAAUCAGAUCUAACAGUAAACGGCAGGCUGCAGGGGUCUCAAGGGUCUGCUUUUUACAGCUGAAUAAUGGGGUGUUGUUGUUCUUCUUUUUGGAUAAAAGCUGGGUUCAACAACAAAAAAACAGCCAUUUAUUGAUCUAAUUCUAUGCACAGUUAGCUUUUCCUUUAGGCAAAGAGAGGGCUUCAUAAAGCAUGAUUUAUUUGUACAGUGUCUUCAGUUUGAAAACCUUGUGCCUGAUGUGAUUUUUUUGUUAAGAUCAUACUGCUGCCUUGCAUUAGGGCUGAUGCAGCCUCAAAUCUUUUGGGACUUGAGGUGGAAUCAAUCAUACUGUUGCUGGGAAUGUGCUGAACGUUUUGACUGUAAACACUUUUUACUUGAAAAGGGUGAUUUAUUUAUGAAGGAUUUUGUUUUUAGUGAUUAUGGAAAAUAUUCGGAACUACUUCUGUUGAAAUGUCUUAAAGCAGAAUUAUAUUGUUUCAACACUAGAUGUACAUACAGUAGAUAGUUUUGGUUGCCCUGGUCAAUGCUGGCUAUAUUUGUAUUUUUGCUCAUUUCAGAAGUCAAAAGUGAAUUCACAGCUGAACAGGCAGUCGCUGUUAAAUCAGUCAUGUUCACAGAAUAUUGUUUUGUUUGAUUUUCGAAACGGUUAAUGCUACGUGUCAGUUUUUAUAUCAUAGCUAUAUUGACCAGGGAUUACUGUGCGUUCUCUAAAGACAGUCUUGAAAAGAUUAUUGCUAUUUAGCACACUAUAUGGUGUGGGUGGAUUUGUGUACAUACGGUAACAUACAUCAGUUCUUUAAUGCACAAGCAAUAACUGUGUGGUUUCCUGAAUUGCUGGUAAUUUGGUACUUAAUUGUGGCCUAUUCAUGGCAGUAGUUGUAGAAAGCUUCUAUGUUGGGGAUCCAAAGAUGUGCAGUCUUCCACUAUGCUGCAGUACCAAAACAAACCCCUCAUUUAUUAUUCAUUUUAAUUUGAGUGUUUUUAAUGUGAUUUCUAACUGGCCUCCUGUAUAACUAUGGGAAAUAUUCCCAUUAAAAACAUGUUAUUUGGUUGUCUGUCACUGAUUGUCUUUGUUUUGGUCCUAAAGCUGUAUUUGCUGUGUUGCAAUAUAUUCAUUUAUUUUAAGUCAUCAUGAGACUUUAUAAUCGGAAGCUUCCAGUGUGACUCAUUCAUGGCUUUUCAGUCAUUUUGAAUGAGUUCACCAAACUCUUUAGCAUGUUGACUGUUAACAGACUCUUAAGGUCUGAAUUUAAAUUAAAAGCCUUAAAAUAAUUAAAGAUGCGAAUAAGUACAUGAGAACAAGAUAGCAUAUGUUUUGUAAACCUGUGCCUUGUUUUUAUUAUUUAAUAUUUUUUUAAGCCUUUAAUGUUGAGGACAUGCAAAUCUCCUGUUUCUUUUUUCUGAAAUGACAACAUAAAAGUAAUUUGAUUAUGCCUCACUUACAUGAAUAAAUCUAAAUAUAUAAACCCUUGUUUGUGUUGUACAUUGUGCUGGUCACACUUGAAUGUUUUGUACUGUAAUUUAUUCAUUUAACAGAUUAACAGUGCAUAAAAUGGAAGUAUACAUGAAAAAAAUCAUGAUUUUUCUAACUAUUUAGUGGGCCAAACAGAGCCAGAAGUGUUUUGUUUUUAGUGUUUCACAUGUAAUUCAUAGUUUAAAAUAUUGUUUUA